AUCCACUUACUUGAAAGAAGUGAAUCACGAUGGCAAUCCUUUGGUUUCUAUCCUGCCUUGCCCUGCUAGGUGGUACUUAUGGCUGUGGUGUGCCAAGCAUCAGACCUGUUAUCUCCGGGUAUGCCAGGAUUGUGAAUGGUGAGAAUGCAGUUUCUGGGUCUUGGCCAUGGCAAGUGUCUCUGCAGGACAACACCGGAUUCCACUUCUGUGGCGGUUCUCUGAUGAACAAUCUCUGGGUUGUAACUGCUGCUCACUGUGGUGUCACAACUGCCCACCGUGUUAUUCUGGGAGAAUAUGAUCGUUCUUCCAAUGCUGAGCCCAUUCAAACCAAAACUAUUUCCAGGGUCUUCAGACACCCCAGCUACAGUUCCGCGACCAUUGCCAAUGAUAUCACUCUUUUGAAGCUAACCAGUGCAGCUACUUUCAACUCUAUUGUGGCUCCUGUUUGUCUUGCUGUUACCAAUGAUGUUUUCAAUGGAGGAGAGAGAUGCGUCACUACUGGAUGGGGUUAUGUAAAUGCUGCAACACAAAACACCCCAAGCAAACUGCAACAGGUGUCUCUUCCUCUUUUGACCAACACUGAAUGUCAAAGAUACUGGGGAACCAGAAUCCAGGGCACCAUGAUCUGUGCUGGAGCCUCCGGUGCCUCAUCCUGCAUGGGAGACUCUGGUGGACCACUUGUGUGCCAGAGAAAUGGAGCAUGGACCUUGGCUGGAAUUGUCUCCUGGGGAAGUUCUACCUGCUCUUCCUCCUCUCCCGGAGUAUAUGCUCGUGUGACAGCUCUUAGAUCCUGGUUGGAUCAGACUGUUGCUGCUAACUAAAUAGAUAUCUAUUCAUAUACUGUAUCGUUAUCUUUAACAUGACAACAUUUGAAACAUUUUCAGAGUUUAAUGUAUAAAA